AGGAGAGACGGAGAGAGACAGAGAAAGGGAAGCGACAGGAUCCAACACACGGAGAAAAGCUGUUGCUGCAGGAACCACGUUGUUAUCCAUCACGUCUGUUUUUGCCUUUUUUUUUCUUCCCAGAAAUCGUGUCUACAUGAUCGUUGUGCGACAUACAAACAGAUGAGCUGUCUUGUCGAAACCAAAUCGUUAGUGAAACAAGCAGAUUGAUUCACUGAUUGUCGCGGGCGGAUAUAUAGCUAUUAUAUAAAUACAAACCCAAACGUCCUCCGGAGAAACAACAGUUGCCAUGGAAACGGUUUUGCUCUUCCUCUCCUCACUCCUGGUGUGUGUAGCUGCUGAAUCAGACAGCAGUGUUAUGGAGGAGCAUUCAGUGGCUGAAAAUCCUUUUAUUUAUGAUUAUGAGAGUUUGAGAAUUGGGGGAUUGACGUUUGCUGUGAUCCUGUUUAUGAUGGGCAUCCUUCUAAUCCUCAGUCGACGAUGCCGCUGUGGAGGAAAACAGAAGCCCAGGGCCCCUGGAGAGGAGGCACAAGAGGAAAACCUCAUUGUCACCAAGGGAUCACCCACACAAGUCCACACACACCUGGGCAGAGGUAAUACAGAACCUUCAGCUCCUCAGCUGAGUCAAGAGAACUCACACAGACAAAACACCAUGUCUUCGGCAAAAGAUGCAGCAACUGACUGGGAUGCAGACUUUACAUACGAUUAUGAAACACUGCGUGUGGGAGGACUGGUCUUUGCCGGGGUUGUGGUGUUCCUUUCCUUGAUUCUGUUGCUUGGUAACAAGGUCAGAAACUGUGGCAAACCCAAGCGUAAACCUGUUCUAGAAGAAGAUUACUGAGCCAAGCUAUGGAAGCAACCGAAAAACACAAAAGGAUGCAAGAAUAUGCUGCUGUCAAUUGUUAAGUGUGACAUGAAAACAUUUUGUAUUAAUAAAGUAUAUAUAAGCGAAAUGCAAUGUUGCUAAGUCCUUGAGGCACAAGAAGAAGAGCAAGAAGAAGAUGCCUGGAUUUCAAACACAGAAAAGAAGCAAAUACUAAAUGCAGUAAAGAAAACUUCCUUUCAUUGUCAUGA